AGCCCUAUUAUGAUUACAUCAUUACCUAGCGCGCGAUGGUUUGAUUGAUGAUUAACUGUCAUUAAUCUCCGUGGUUUGAUAAUUUAUUGUUGUUAUUCUUCGAAGCAAGAUUUUAGACACAACCAUAGUUUAAAGACUAACUUAAACUAUAUUUAGGAUAUAAUAAAAACGACUGUAUUUUGAUUCAUUCGUAACCGUAUUCGUAGGCUGCGCAAUGAUGUGGGAGGCAGAAGAGGAAUCGUGGGACCACGACGUUCAACGGCUAGCUGAGCAGUUAAUAGUUGGGAAUACUGCAGGUUACACAGGCCUAGCUUGCGGUUCUCAAGAAAGUAGGAGAGCUGAUGCCCAGUAUAGCACACCAGUCUCUGAUGAUGGAGGGAUUGUAGCCCCAUUUUCGCAAAUUGAUGUGAGGAGCAACUGCACAAGUGAUAUUACUGGGUCCAGAGACACGCGCAAACGAGCCCGAAAGGCCCAGCAGCCUAAGAAGAAAGCAAAACAUGCUCCUAAAAGCAGUGAGCAGUUUGUUGGUGAAGUACCUGUACAUGGGAAGGAAGUACAAAUGCAGAUAAAUCAGUGCAGGUGCUCGGAGUACGAUUCCCUCGUCCAGAAAUAUGAAUUACUAAUGAAAAAAUACCUGAUAUUGGAGACACAACAUGCGCAGAUAUGUGCACAUGCCGCUGAGCUACAAACUUACAGAGAACUCUCAAACAUUGUGGACAACCUAACAGAAUUCAAAGAUUCAAUGGUUGCAGCACUGGCGGGAGUCCAAGUAGGAGCAGCCAUCAAGCCAACAAUUGGGAUCAAACCAACAGAAAAGAUGGAAAAUGGCCGUGGUGGUUUGGUGGAAAAUGGAAAUGCUCCAGCACAUGGAUUCUGUAAUGAUACUGGUCCACCAAAUGAAACUGUGGAUAUUGGCCAUGGUGUUUUGGUGGAAAGACAAGUUCUUCAGCUUAUUACUCAGUCGAGCACCGGGCCCACGAAGAUGGUGCGCAAACUUUUUUCCACCUUAUUCAAAUCAGAGGAGGUUAUUGGAAAGAGCAUGAGCGGAAGGAAGAGUAAUGCCCACCUUGAGAGAGAAGUUAAAGAGCAGCUAGAUCCACAGCGUGUUAGCGCAAUAUUAGAUUUCACAUUGAACCAGUAUCCAUUUGCAUCAAGAUCUUUCUUGCGACAGUCACUGGCCUGCAAAGUCCAACAGAUGAACAGCAAAUAGUCAUCUACAAGUUUCAACUAUUGGUUUAUACAUUAAUGUAUCAUUCUACGAUACAUUUUAUACAGUAUUAUGGCAAUGCAUGUUAUUUAUUUGUGUAUUUUCAGUGUUAUGUUGGGCUUGUAAUGUUGUUUUGGUCAUUAAAAACAGUAUUAACUGACUAAA